CUUUUAGGGAGGUGCAGAGUCCUCUAGGACAGAGCCUGUGGUCCGGGUAUCGCUCAUAGGCAGAUUCUCAAGCUCCCCAAAGUUACAUUUUCUCUGGAACUCUCCUAGGCCACUCCCUGCUGAUGCAAUAUCUGGGUUUGGGCAGAAAGGAGGGUGCUUCGGAGCCCGCCCUUUCUGAGCUUCCUGGGCCGGCUCUAGAACAAUUCAGGCUUCGCUGCGACUCAGACCUCAGCUUCAACAUAUGCAUUCUGAAGAAAGAUGGCUGAGAUGGACAGAAUGCUUUAUUUUGGAAAGAAACAAUGUUCUAGGUCAAACUGAGUCUACCAAAUGCAGACUUUCACAAUGGUUCUAGAAGAAAUCUGGACAAGUCUUUUCAUGUGGUUUUUCUACGCAUUGAUUCCAUGUUUGCUCACAGAUGAAGUGGCCAUUCUGCCUGCCCCUCAGAACCUCUCUGUACUCUCAACCAACAUGAAGCAUCUCUUGAUGUGGAGCCCAGUGAUCGCGCCUGGAGAAACAGUGUACUAUUCUGUCGAAUACCAGGGGGAGUACGAGAGCCUGUACACGAGCCACAUCUGGAUCCCCAGCAGCUGGUGCUCACUCACUGAAGGUCCUGAGUGUGAUGUCACUGAUGACAUCACGGCCACUGUGCCAUACAACCUUCGUGUCAGGGCCACAUUGGGCUCACAGACCUCAGCCUGGAGCAUCCUGAAGCAUCCCUUUAAUAGAAACUCAACCAUCCUUACCCCACCUGGGAUGGAGAUCACCAAAGAUGGCUUCCACCUGGUUAUUGAGCUGGAGGACCUGGGGCCCCAGUUUGAGUUCCUUGUGGCCUACUGGAGGAGGGAGCCUGGUGCCGAGGAACAUGUCAAAAUGGUGAGGAGUGGGGGUAUUCCAGUGCACCUAGAAACCAUGGAGCCAGGGGCUGCAUACUGUGUGAAGGCCCAGACAUUCGUGAAGGCCAUUGGGAGGUACAGCGCCUUCAGCCAGACAGAAUGUGUGGAGGUGCAAGGAGAGGCCAUUCCCCUGGUACUGGCCCUGUUUGCCUUUGUUGGCUUCAUGCUGAUCCUUGUGGUCGUGCCACUGUUCGUCUGGAAAAUGGGCCGGCUGCUCCAGUACUCCUGUUGCCCCAUGGUGGUCCUCCCAGACACCUUGAAAAUAACCAAUUCACCCCAGAAGUUAAUCAGCUGCAGAAGGGAGGAGGUGGAUGCCUGUGCCAUGGCUGUGAUGUCUCCUGAGGAACUCCUCAGGGCCUGGAUCUCAUAGGUUUGCGGAAGGGCCCAGGUGAAGCCGAGAACCUGGUCUGCAUGACAUGGAAACCAUGAGGGGACAAGUUGUGUUUCUGUUUUCCGCCACGGACAAGGGAUGAGAGAAGUAGGAAGAGCCUGUUGUCUACAAGUCUAGAAGCAACCAUCAGCGGCAGGGUGGUUUGUCUAACAGAACACUGACUAAGGCUUAGGAGAUGUGACCUCUAGACUGAGGGCUGCCAUUUGCUGGCUGAGCAACCCUGGGAAAAGUGACUUCAUCCCUUCCGUCCUAAGUUUUCUCAUCUGUAAUGGGGGAAUUACCUACACACCUGCUAAACACACACACACAGAGUCUCUCUCUCUAUACACACACGUACACAUAAAUACACCAGCACUUGCAAGGCUAGAGGGAAACUGGUGACACUCUACAGUCUGACUGAUUCAGUGUUUCUGGAGAGCAGGACAUAAAUGUGUGAUAAGAAUGAUCAAGGACUCUACACACUGGGUGGUUUGGAGAGCCCACUUUCCCAGAAUAAUCCUUGAGAGAAGAGGAAUCACGGGAGCAGUGGUGUUGAGUUCGCUUCAAGCCCAAUGCCGGUGCAGAGGGGAAUGGCUUAGUGAGCUCUACAGUAGGUGACCUGGAAGAAGGUCACAGCCACACUGAAAAUGGGAUGUGCAUGAACACAGAGGAUCCAUGAACUACUGUAAAGUGUUGACAGUGUGUGCACACUUCAGACAGCAGGUGAAAUGUAUGUGUGCAAUGCGACGAGAAUGCAGAAGUCAGUAACAUGUGCAUGUUUGUUGUGCUCCUUUUUUCUGUUGGUAAAGUACAGAAUUUAGCGAAUAAAAAGGGCCACCCUGGCCAAAAGUGGUCUUUAAA